GAAUUCUGCCACCUUCAAGUCGCUUGAAGACCGAGUUGGGACCAUAAAGACUAACCUACCAUGGCCGACCAGCGACAGCGCUCACUCUCUACCUCUGGGGAAUCGCUGUACCAUGUUCUGGGGCUGGACAAGAACGCAACCUCAGACGACAUUAAAAAGUCCUACCGGAAACUGGCCCUGAAAUAUCACCCGGACAAGAACCCUGACAACCCAGAGGCUGCGGACAAGUUCAAGGAGAUCAACAACGCACACACCAUCCUCACGGACGCCACGAAGAGGAACAUCUACGACAAGUACGGCUCGCUGGGGCUCUACGUGGCCGAGCAGUUUGGGGAGGAGAACGUCAACACCUACUUCGUGCUGUCCAGUUGGUGGGCAAAGGCCCUGUUUGUCUUCUGCGGGCUCCUCACCUGCUGCUACUGCUGCUGCUGCCUGUGCUGCUGCUUCAACUGCUGCUGCGGGAAGUGCAAGCCCAAGGCGCCCGAGGGCGAGGAGACCGAGUUCUACGUGUCCCCCGAGGACCUGGAGGCGCAGCUGCAGUCGGACGAGCGGGAGGCCACAGACACACCGAUUGUCAUACAGCCAGCGUCCGCCACAGAGACCACUCAGCUCACAGCCGAGUCCCACCCCAGCUACCACACCGACGGGUUCAAUUAAGUUCAGGAGAAGCUGUGAUGUGCGGAUCAAUCAGCACCCGGCCACUUCGACCUGAGAAUCAUGAACUGUAGUCACAGAGGUGGGGAGGGAGCCGCUCUGGCCU